GUCAGUCAUGAUGACAAUUAUUUUGAAAUUUUAUAAUUUUCGGUAGAAGAAAUAAAAUAUUUUUUUGGUAAAAUUUAUAUUACUAAAAUUUUUUGUACAAAAUGUGUGAGUGCGACGAAGACGAAAAAGUAACGAAAAUCUCAAACCCGAAUCCGGAUUCAGAUGGGGAAAUAAAAACUGACGAAGAACCUUUUCCAAGACCAGUAAUAGCAAAAGAUGCAAACGAAAGAAAUAGGGAUCCAGUAGGCGAGCUUCGAAAAAAAAAUCAGAUAAAAGAGAAAAUACCUUGUGUGUGCGUUUGUAAAGACAGUAUCCUCAUUGAGCCUACAGUCAGUCGUCGCAUGGACAUCAAAUAUGUGAACACAGGAACUUGCGACGAUGAUACAAAAUUUGAAAAACGAGUUUACGAAUAUCCACCGACUAAGAAAUUUCUAUAUCUUCAAAAAAAGAACGUUUCUCACGUUACAGAUGACUUUUGUGAUUGGCCAAACCUUAAUGUCAAUAAACCGCUUCCGAAAAGAAAAAUAGAUGCUGAACUCGAUGUACCUUCUCCUGAAGCCAGCUGUGCAAAAGUACCUUUUAAGAAAACUUGUCCAAGUCCCAGCAUCUUGUAUCCUGAAUGUCAACCAGCUGACCAAUUAGAAAGCGAUAAACCCAAGUCUGGGCUCUUUUUAAAUGAGAAAGAAAAUGAUAAAAAAUUUGAAGAUUAUGAUAGUUUUGAUUUGGUAUAUAAGAAAAAACCUAGACCGCCUUGGCCUUCCGUAGAUGAGUGUACAAAGAAAGGCAAAAAGAGUAAGAAGGGAGGUGGAGGUGCAGAAAAUAGAGAUGAAAAUAUAUGUUACUGUGAGGAUGGUGGUCAGAAACGUAAAUCGGGAAAGAAGAAAAAGAAAGAUCAAACAGACGAUGAGCUUGAAUUGGAAGGUAAAGGCGGCGAACCUGAGGAUGCCGAUCUAACAAAGAUGUUCAGAAGAAAAGUUUCGUUGAUGUCUGCAGCCACUUCUUACAACAGUAAGGACUACCCGCUGUUGGAAGAAGCCGAAUUUCCACCGGGCAUCGCCAAAAUUUUGCAAAAGUUUAAAAGGGAAUCAGACAUCAAACGAUUCGGUCCUCAGAGAAGAAAAUUCAAACGGGGAACUCUGGAAAGCCACUCUUUUACUGAUAUAUGUCAACCAACGUUGAGAGACUUCUUUUUUGGAUCCAAGGAGGGUACCAUGCAUCAGGGAGAUGAGAGUUUUUCUGAUAGAAUAAGAGACAAGCAAGGAGUUUGUAUGCCUGUAGCGGCCUUUUGUUACUCCAUUAUUAAACAUCCAAACAAGUGGACCAGGGAAAAUGUUGAUGAUAUUUUGAUAUACGGCAAUAACCUUUUGAUACAGUCACUUGAUGAAACACACAUUCACAACUUAAAAAGACCUGUUAAUAUCAAUGUAUUACGAAAAUAUAUCACAAUAGGAGACAAAAAGUUACGUUUUCACAUAGGUGAACCAGAUAUAGCCGGUUACAUACGAUCAGAUGAUAAAACUGUAUAUAAUAUUACGAAGGCCUUAAGUAUAUUUUUUCACAGACAUAAUUCUGGGAUCAUAAAAACUAAACAUCUUUCUAUUGGUAUUUGGAAACAGAAGUAUUUGUAUAUGUUUGAUGCCAAAGCUAGAACAAAAGAUUUAUAUUGCAGUCCAACUGGUGCUGCGAUAAUGGCCAUUUUUUAUGACGUACCAUCGCUAGCUACUGUUCUUCUUACCAGAUCUAAUUUUGGAAAUUGGCCAUUUGCUAUUCAUCCGUUAAAAGUUUAUAGAGUCAUUCCAGUAAACGAACCAGAAAUAGACUCCCAAACAGGACUGGAUAUUAGAAGCGAAUACAAUAUUUUGAAUGAAAAUAAAGCAGUCGUCCUGGGGUCAUUCGAUUUAGGAGAUAAAUGUUUCGAUUUUUCUAGAUAUAAACAAUCUUUGACUAUGGCUGUAAUUGCUCUGGUAUAUUCUCGCUUAACUCCACCAAGCGCCUGGCACAGAAAAACUGUCGACAAAAUACUUAUUAUAGGUAACCUCCUGUAUAGAGAAUGUAUAUGCUGUACCACCACAGAGGAAGUUAAAUUAGAAAAUAUACCAGCUAUUUUUACCGUUGGACCAUAUAUUGUUGAAAUAUACAUUUUUGGAAAUGUUUUUGCCGAUGUGAUAUAUAGAUCUUGCGUCUGUCAAUUGCAGACUUGUCUGGAUUCGUUCUUUACGAAAUGCACUAACGCUAUUUUACAAUUUGGCAAGUGUCACUUAGCAGUAUGGAAGCAAAGAAAUAUGUUUUAUUGCUUUGAUCCUUAUUCAAGAGACAACGAAGCCUAUUCAACCAGGGAUGGAUGUGCUUGUGUUUCGAUGCAUUCCACUUUGGAAUCUUUAAUUGAAACUAUAGUUCGUAAUUUUGACAAAGACAGCAUCUUCUACAUUCAUGCCUUAAAAGUAUGCAAGAUACAUCGAGACCCCGUACAAUCCACACAUUUUCCAAAACAUGUGUCUAUGGAUGAAUUUCCGCUAGAUUGUUUCAAAAAUUUCAAAAUGAAGAAAUCGAAGAAGAAUGCCACCGAGAAACCUGUCACUGUGGAUUAUACAGCGAUCGCUAUGAGAAGACUGUUGGCAGGUGAAAGCCCACAUGCUUCGAUUGUGGAAAUUGGGUCCAAUGUUGAGAGUUUGGCAAUGGAUCAGCUUUAUGCUUUAAUGAAAAAAUGUCCUUCGAAACCAUGUGUUGCUUUCCACCCAAUACCUAGAGAAGAUAUAGCUGAUCUAGAUUCGGCAAGUUUGGAAGACACACAGAUAGAACCGCCUCUUCCUCAACAAAUAGAUGAAGGCAUAGAAUUAAUGGAUUUAGAUUCUUUUGGACCUACUAUGGACGAAUUAGAAAUGGAAGGAGAAGGAGAAGCAGAGCAAUAUGGAGAAUAUGAAGCUGAUGUAGAAGGAAUUCUUAUGGACGAAAUAGAAGGAAUGUUUGGAGAAGAAGGAGAAGGUGGAUGGUAUUAUGGUAAAACAGGGUAUUCUCAGUAUGAUAUGGCAGGAGGAAAAAUGUCUGCACAGAUAAACACCGAAAUAACCUAUUUCCCUAUCAAACGAGACAUACUUUAUCCAACCUGCAUCAAAAACAAACUAGCGAUGAAGACUCGCAUUGAAAAAUCCAGAUUAAGAGACGACGAUUGGGAAAACUAUUUGCCCCCUUGUCCUCCGAACGUUACAAAAUCCCAGGAACUCGGCUUCCAAACAAAUUUCGUUGAUUUGCCUGAUAAUACUCAAAUAAUUCUUGGUACUAAAAAUGUAGCUGAGUUGGGAGACACUGUCGAAUAUAUAGCACCGUUUGUUUGUAUAAUGGCCGCCGUUGUAGCUAGAAAGUACCACAUUUUGACUUGGACACGUGAAAUUGUUGAUUAUGUUUUGAAAUGUGGAGGUGAAUUGUAUUGUGCUUCGAAAUUCAGAUAUGACCAGGUGUCUAAAUUAGAAAUCCCAAGAAUAACUCUAGGAACAAAUGUCUACACUGUCCUGGUUGAGUAUGUAUUCGAUAGCUACACUAGGCAGAAUAUCUUGGAACUCGCAUUGGAUAAAAUUCUAUUCGUUAGAUCAAAUACUGGUGUAAUUGUAACACCAACUUACGCAUGCGGUGUGAUGUUCAGAAAUCAUCUGUAUUAUCUCUAUGAUCCCUUUGGAAACAAUGAACUAGGACAUAGUGAAGGCCCCGGAACAAAAGGUGUAGCAGUUUUUGCUAGAUUCAAAGACAUUCAUUCUUUAGCCAACAGAAUAAUGUUCAAUAAAAAAAAGAGAGAAAACAAUGAAGAAAUCAUCUACAGCAGAUUCGUUCUUAGUACCGUGAAAGUAAAAGGAGUAUACGAUUAUGGUGAUUCAAAAAAAAAGGAAAAGAAGAAAGCUGCAGAAGGCGAAGGAGAGAAAAAAGGAAGCCAACCUAAAUUAGACAAAGGAAGCUGUGGGGAUCAGGAAACGCCAGAAGGUCCUGAAAAUAAAGUUGGUUAUCGAUGCGAAGAAGGGUUGGGUUGGUUCAUUGUGGGUACCAAAAACCUGCCAGAUCGAACGAAUAUAUCCGAAGAUUUAAAAGAAGAUCAUUUCAUGUGUAUUUGUGCUUGUCUGAUGCUGAUGACUACUCCAGUAGAGAAGUGGUCCACAAAGAAGGUAGAUUUAGCUUUCAAUUAUGGUACUCACGUACAUUCACAUGCAACUGACUUGUUAAUCUCCGAGAAACGCACUAUCAGAAAUAUAUUAAUUGGAAAGAAUUUCUUUGAUGUCAUUGUUAGAAUGUUACAAAUAGCAAGCAAAGGGGCCAAUAGUAAUUUGAGUGUAGGUAUUGAUACGCUCAUUGCUAGAAGAUUCACCUAUUUCCUCAUACAAUUCACAAAUGCAUGUUACGCUAUUCACAAGAGCCCAAAUGGUCAUUUCCAUUUGUUCGAUCCAUAUGGAGUAGUAGAUGGAAAACCAGCAGGUUGGGUGAGAUGCAAGGAUAUUUGCCAACUGAAGUGCGUAUUAACUAAGAAAAUUGUACCUGGUGGCGAAUCGUAUCAAUUCUACAAUUUUGACAUAACGCGCAUAUCAAAAGCCCCUAAAAGCGUUAUACUCAGCUAUAAAUUAGAGAUAUUUAAGAUGAAACCUCGACCACCGAAGAAAGAAAAACUUGGCAAACCAUUCUAUGAGGACUCUGACUGGUUAAGGAUGGACCCUGUCGUUUGGUCGAGAAUGAAUCAAAAGGCUGCUAACGGAAAUAUACGUGGUACAAUUGAAAAUAUGUGGCACAGCUGGGAUGAAGAGUACACUAAUGAUUUGUGGUCUCUGUUAGGAAAUAUUAAUCAACGUAAUGACAGAUUUUCAGCAACCAGUCGCGGAAAACAGACGCUAGCCAAUUUAGUCACAGCUAUUGGUAUGACGAAAAUAUACGAACUACCAGAAUGGAAUUCGUCUGUGGUAGACUCUGUACUAGUCAAUGGAGAGAAUUACUUUAAUGAAUGUGCAGAAAAAAUUAAAGAUCAAGACUACGAAUUAGCUAUGGAUGACCUGUUACCCGAUUGCUCCAUAUUCCCAUUUUCGUUUAAAGUAGAAUGGACUCCCAUUGUCGAAGGCACCAUGUUUUUGGUUAGACCUGCUCAAUUUAAUUUGUAUAAGGCUCUCAGAUUCUUCUUCGCAAAUGUUGAUUGCCGUUGCGGCAUAAUAAUGUUAACGAAGACAACGUAUAAGCGACAAAUUGCUUUUGGAAAAAUUCAAGAUUCAGAAUAUUUUAUAUUUGACUGUGAUUGCCGAGGAAUGCCAAUGUUUGUGGAGCACCAAGAUGUGGCUUAUAUUCUUCGUAUGACAACCUUAAAUAGGAUGCUUCAUGUGUUAACUUUAACUUUAAGAGGAGGUGAUUUUUUUAUUUAUGAAAUACAAAUCAACGACAUGAAGCCACUCGAAUAAAGAAGUUCAUUAAAAUGAAUAAGUUUUGUAAAGAAAUGUAUCUGUUUUUGUACCCGUAACUAAAUCAAAAAACUGGUUUGAUUUGUUGUUUCAAUUAAUUCUUGUAAUUUUUUACGCUAUUGGGUGCUAUGAUUGAACGU